AUGGGCUUCCUGAGACAGAACAAAGAUCUUUUUGACUAUCAUAAGACGUCCGCCAAAUUAUACCCUAUCGUAGAGUGCUCAAUGCAUCACCGUUCUGUCUACCGACUGCUACAAGUGGUACAAAAACUGGUCGCUCAACCUAGUGAUGUGGGCUUCGGUGCCAUCGUCUCAGCGGUCAACAAAGCUGUCUCACAAAGAUUUACCACGCCUCCUACUGCUGAAACGCCGUCUGAUAUACUGAGCUCCUUCAUGCGCCAUGGCUUGACUCACCUAGAAUGUCAGUCAGAGGCGAUUCUGUAG